AUGAAGCCGCAGAAACGUCGAGCCAUCAAACGCGAAGCCUCGGACUCCGCGCCGGAUGAGGACGAGGUUUCCGUCCUCUCCUCUGAUCCGGACUCUGCGACAGCGGAGACGAAGCCUACUUCCUGGAAGGGAUCGAUCCGUGCUACGACAUCAUUUCCUGCCCAGAAGAAGGCCGGGAGUCCAGUUUAUGUGGACGGUCCAUCUCCGGCCGAGCUGUUUAAGAUGUACUUUGACCGGGCGGCCGUCAAAAGGUUGUGUGCCAACACAAACAAAAACGCAGCCAAAAAUAUCGCUGCGGGCAGAAAGCUGAAGUGGACGGAGCUCACGGAGGCGGAGCUGUACCGGUACAUCGGGCUGACGCUGUACAUGGGGCUUCUGAAGCUGCCAAAGGUCCGAGAUUUUUGGCGUGCCAGUUCCAUCUUCCAUGUGCGGUAUCCUGCCGAGGUCAUGUCCAGGGACCGCGUCCUCGCCAUCUCGUGGAACCUUCAUUUGAGCAACCCUGCGGAAGAUGCCCUCAACGACAGCAGGAAGGGCACCGAUGAUUACGACUGCCUGCACAGGAUACGCGCCCCUGUACGACAGCUUACGCGCUACACUGUUGACUUCAACAUUUAUACGGGGAGGUCCGCUCUGCUCACUGGGAAGGGGCUGUCCUUUGACGCCGUCGUGUCGCUCGUCAACAAAAGCUACCUGGGAUCUGGAUAUCACAUUUAUUGUGAUAGUUUUUACACCAGCCCCGUACUGUUCCUCCACCUUUACGACCUGAGGUUUGGAGCCUGUGGGAUGUUUCAGGACACGAGAGUCGGCAUCCCAAAAGGCAGCGCUAACGCCCUGACCAAAAAAUCCCCGCAAGGGACAGUCAGGUGGAUCAGGGAGGGAGCGCUCAUCUUCAUCAAAUGGAUGGACAUGAGGCAGUUGAGUGUGUGCUCCACCAUACACACCGCCUUCUCAGGGGACACCAUGAAAAAAAAAAAGCGCGCAAGGAAGAGCAGGAAGUGGUGCGUGACGGUGCUGCAUCAUUUUAUUGACAUCGCUGUAACAAACAGCUAUUUGCUCAGCAAGGAGCUGUCCAGUGGACUGAAGCAGCAGCCGAUGACACACCAGGCCUUCCAGGAGCAGCUGACGGCCGAGCUCUGUGGGGUGCCCCUCCAAAUGGUCCCGGAGAGCUAUCAGCACGUCCCUGUUGCCAUUGUUGAGGGGGCAUCAGGACAGAAGAAAGCCACACAGGGGUGCAGGAUGUGCACGAAGUCCACUCCCUUCAUGUGUGAGGCGUGUAAAGUGCCCGUGUGUGUCAUCGUGGACAGGAACUGCCACAAAGCCUUUCACAGCCCCACUCCUGCUCCUAAAUCUGAAGCUUGA